GAAUCUACAAGCCGCCAUUGGAGCCUACUAUGACUUUGAGAGUCCAAAUAUCAACGUACCCUCCAUGUCCUUUGUUGAAGAUGUCACCAUAGGUGAAGGAGAGUCCAUCCCUCCUGAUACCCAGUUUACAAAAACAUGGAGGAUACAGAACACAGGCACAGAGGCGUGGCCCCCGGGGGUUUGUCUGAAGUAUGUCGGGGGAGACCAGUUUGGGCACGUCAACAUGGUGAUGGUCAGGUCCCUGGAGCCCCAGGAGAUUGCAGACGUCAGCGUUCAGAUGUGCAGCCCCAGCACGGCAGGAAUGUAUCAGGGACAGUGGCGAAUGUGCACUGCCACGGGACUCUAUUACGGAG